CAGGAGGAGCGAGAGGCGAUACGCCAGAAGGCCUACCUUGUGGCGGCGGUGGCGGAGCGCGGUCGCUGCUUUAGACGCGACGUCUCUCAAUGGAACAUCGACAAGAUGUUCAGCUGGACGAACAAACGAGCUAUUGAGCGGUUCAAUGCCGUCAGCGUCGAGUUUGACGAAAUCAAAUUUUGCGAGAGCCAGCCCCUCACCUUCCAGAGCGUGCCGUGGCCCAUGUUGCGAUCGCCACUUCAUCUCACCGCGGAGGACAUCGACUGGAGUGCAGUAGAGGAGUUCUUCCGCACAGCAAGGUUGGCUGUCGGAGAAGGUGAAUAUAAGACGAUGGUCGAGAAGGCUCACCGUAGGUUCCACCCUGACAAGUGGAGGGCUCGUGGUCUUUUGAGAACAAUUCUUGACGAGGAUCUGAGUAAGCAAUUAGAGGAGGUGGGGAAUGUUGUCGCGCAGGCCAUCACUCCGCUUUGGCUUGCUUCGAAGUCGAGGUGACGGCAC